CGGCAGCGACGGAAGCCCUCCCGGGUGGGACUGGGACGGGGAAGUGAAGGGAAAAUGGCCGAAGCGGCGUCUAAGCCAGCGGAAAAUGCUGAGAAGGCCGCGGCUGCUCCGGCAGCUCCGGUGUCGUUUGGUUUCACCCGAACGACAGGACGGAGGCGGCUCCUGGCUGUAACAGGGCGGGCUGGCGGCGAAGAGAAGCAGGAACUCGACUUCCUUCGUGCCGUUGAGGGACGGGAAUUGCAAAGUGUUCGGCCAGCCCCACAGCCAAAAGAGCUCAUCAUUCCCUUGAUCCAGAGGAACCAGUGGAAGAAGGAAGAGGUCCCUGCAACUCUCCAGGAACAAGAGGAGAACAAUGGUGUUGAGGCACAAGCAGUUAGAGAGCUUAUUGAAGAAUCCAAGAAGUCACAGGAGCAAUGGGAGAGUGGUACGAAGCUAGACCCCACAUUUACCAUUCCCCUCCUCAUGCAGAAUCGUGUCCCUGAUGGCUAUGAGGAUGGAGAGAAAGUUGAUGUCAGUCUCCGCCCAGAAUCGUCGACUGAGACAGAUUAUGAGGAGGUUCCAGUGGAGGCCUAUGGUCUGGCCAUGUUGAAGGGCAUGGGCUGGAAGGCGGGUGAGGGCAUCGGGCACACCUUCAAACAGGAUGUGAAGCCAAAGGAAAACCGCCUUCGGCCUAAGGGCCUUGGCCUUGGCGCUAACCUCUCAGCAGCUCAGGACCUGCAGCCCUCAGGACCUCGACGACCACCAAAGCCGGGUGAGGAGUCCUCAAAGAACAAGGAUGAGCCUCUGGGAUUGGUGCCUGGAGGUGCAGUCUUCAUUGAUGCUGGGCCUCACAAGGAGCUGUAUGGAAAGAUUGAAGGUGUGGAUGCAGAUAAUGCUCGCAUCAUGGUGAAGUUGGCCAUCGGUGGCCAAAUAGUGACUGUGAGUCAGCAUGGAGUGCGGCCUGUAACACAGAAGGAAUACGAUAAGCUGGCCAAAGAUCUAAGCCGCCUCAGCAAAGCCCACAAGGAGAAGGAAUCAGACCAAAGAAAUGGGGUCAAAAGUAGUCCAGAUCACAAAGCCUUGGAAGACACAAAGGAGGAGAGAGAGAAAAAGAGGAAACAUCCAGCAGGUGCUGAGAGAGACUACCAUCCUGGAAAGCAGAGCAAGAGUAGCAGCAGCAGUGGCAGCAACAGCAGCAGUUCCUCUUCCAGAGUGCACCACUGGCUGCGGAGAGACCUGAGAGUCCGUUUUGUGGAUAAGCUCUACAAGGGGGGCAAAUACUAUAAUACCAAGAUGGUAAUUGAAGAUGUCCUGAAGCCAGAUAUAUGUGCCUGCCGAACGGAAGAGGGUCGGAUUCUCGAUGGGAUUCAGGAGUCCAUGCUAGAGACCAUUAUCCCUCGGGGUGAUUCAGCCUGGGUCAUGGUGGUGCUCGGGGAGCAUGCUGGCCAGGUGGGCCGCAUUCUGCGUCGAAACAAGGAGCAGAGCUGUGCACUAGUGCAGUUGCAGCGGGAUGAGGACAAGCUUCUGACCCUGGACUAUGAUGCCGUCUGUCAUUACGUUGGCGGAUCGGAGGAUGACUGACCUUCAGAGAACCUCAGAAUGCACAUCAUCUGCAGGACAGAGGAACUUUUUAGGCAUAGGUUCAAGAAAGGGGCCGUCUUGCAAUUUGUCUCCUUCAGGGAGAGGAGUUGGAAAAACUGAACGCCUAGAGGAAUUUUGCAGGUGGCCAUGGCUGUCUCAUAUUUUGGGUAGUUGUCUGAAAGUUCCUCAUAAGGUUCUAGAGGAUUACUUUUAAUCAGCUCUGGAUGCAAAGUUACUUGGGACUUUCACCAGUAACAUGCAGAGACUUUGAUUUAUCAACAGAUGAUGACAUUAUAGAACAUUAAAAAUUAUCUAAGACUGUCAAGGACAGGAACGUGCAUAGUGAAUAAAAUCUAGAAUACAGCCAGACAGUUGCAGGUCAACUCUGGCUGGUUCUAGAGCAAUACAAAGGCUGGGCCUAGAACAACGGGGCUUGGAUGUGCCUCUGACACAUGUCUGGAUUUCCAUAGUGAUACUUUGGGGUCUUGGAUUUGUCAAUGGCUGCUUGUUCUCUGGAGAAUGGCUACUGCAGUUCAUAUUGGGGUCUAGUGAAACAUGAGUGGGAAACUGAUAUUGGAUGUGUUCAGACAUUUUGCUUUUAAAAUAAGCUAAAAAUGCUUUUCACAUCCAAGGAUGGAAUUUAGUGUAUUUCUUUCCAGAAUGGCACUUAUAGGUUGAUGCACACUGAAUGUGGAGCUGCAAGAGAGAUCUUGAAUAAAUCAAUGAGCAGAAGAAGUAAUUACUAAAAUAUAUAGGGGACUGUGCAAAAUGGAUGCUGUUUCACCAGGAAAACCAACUGAACCCUUAGCAUGGCAUAUCCAGACGAAGUCUUAAAUAGUGCUAGUACCCGGACAAAGUUAGAUCAAAAGCUUCCUCUGAACUGGAUGCCUAUGCAGCCUGAAGUGUCAAAGGAAGCACUUGUGUCAAAGUAGCCCUCUAGAAGCUGCGUGGGAGAACACUCUUCCCAUCUUGCAAUGGCUGCAGAAAUUGAUUUGGCAGUGCCCAUUUGCCACGCACACCAGUUCUCAUGGGUGGAAUUACUUUUUAAAAAGUUGGAUCAUGUUAUAAACUGUAAAUAAACCCCAUCAGUUUUUUCCUGUUCUUUCUGUGUGGUUGGUAGUCCGUCUUCUAUUAGAGGACUCUAAUAAAAAGAAUGUCCUUUG